AUGCAUCCCAUAAGUGACGAUUAUCUGGAUACUGUUUAUGAGUUUGGGAAAUUCAAGUUGCUGCAAGAGGAAUUUAUUGAAUUCAGUAAGCUUGGACUUCGGGAUAAUGUUGCUCAGAUAUGUGUGUUCGAGUCAAUGAAGCUGAAUGAUAAUAAUUAUGCAUCAGCUCUACCAGGAAGCUCAGCAGGUUCUAAUAGAGUUGUUAUAUGUAACAUUCACGUGCUUUACAAUCCCAAAAGGGGGGAGAUUAAGCUUGGCCAGAUUAGGGUGCUUCUGGAUAGGGCAUAUGCUGUAUCAAAGCUUUGGGACGAUGCUCCUGUGGUUCUUUGUGGGGAUUUUAACUGUACCCCAAAGAGUCCAUUGUACAACUUUAUAUCAGAACAGAAGUUGGAUUUGUCUGAACUUCCUAGAGAUAAGAUAUCGGGACAAGCUUCCGCUGUAAUUGGUCCACCAAGGCCCUUUAUCUCUAAUUUCAGGGAACCCAGGCAGAAUUACUCCCCUAUAGACAUGCAGAAACAGAAUGGACUUGGUUGCUCUUCGGAAACUGUACAUUUUAGCAGCAGCAGCAGCAGCUUGUCUCAGCCUGAAUGCUUGGGUGCUGUAGGGAAUAUGUCUGCCAGUUCAUGCAUCAAUAGGCAACAUGAAAAUGUGAACAGUGCAUUGUCUGAUGAACCAACAGAAGAAACUCAUCAGGGCAGACAAGAUGGUUGUGAGGAUGAAACUGAAUCGGUGCAUAAUGUUUCGGUUUGUGAUCAAAAGGAAAGUCCAAUUAUUUAUCAUGAUGGAGGCAGGUGUUCUGUUGAUCCAAUGAAAGACGGAGUUGAUGAAUUUACUCCAGUUGAUUCUCAUCAUGAAGAUAGUUACCCUGAUGACAAUCAGAUGGAUCAUGGAGCAGAUAUACAUGACGCGUCUAAUUCAUCAUGUAAUUUAUCAAUUGAACUUUCUCUGUCGAAUUUAAAUUCAGAAGAUGCAAGCUUGAACAGUGAAAAGGGUAAACUCUGCUUUGAGGGUGAUAAUUAUUCUGCUGAUGCCAUAUCUGAUCAUGGGCCUGUGAGCACUAUCAAAUCAGAUGUAUCUUUAUCCAAUGUGUUGCUUGAAACUUCCUUUCCCGGUGUUCCUGAAGAGUGUCCUAUUGGAAGCUCAAGAAAUUUAUCAUCUUUCCCUGACACCAAUGAGGAGGCUUGCCCAUCAACUUCAUAUGAAGAUGAUAUCGCAUUGAAGUCUGCGUGCAUUAACUCCUUGGUGGAUGAGAAAAUGGAGAACUUAUCACUUAGUGAACUUGUUGAAGCCACAAAGGAACAUGGAACUCCAGGUGAAGACUGUACAGUAUUUUUAUCUGAGUUACACAAUACUAAUGGUGGAUUUCCAUCUGCCUUUGGUCAAUUUCCAAGAUCUGAUUCCGUGGAAUGCAACGAGUCCUCUGAGGCCUGUCUUGCUCUUCCUGGUGGCCAGUUAUUGGACGAUUAUCCUGGCAUAGACUCUGAGCCUUUCAAUGUAGAGAAAACUCCUUAUGAUCCAUCAGCAUGGACUCCAAUGGAAAUAGAAACUGCAUCGGGCAGUUCCGACUGCACUUAUUUGGAUCACCCUCUACAGCUGAGAAGCACAUACGCUGAAGUUGAGGAUUUGUCAGGGAGGAGGGACUCAAAUGGUGAACCCCUAGUCACCAGCUACAAUAGGUGUUUCUUAGGCACAGUUGACUACAUAUGGCGUUCUGAAGGUCUUCAAACCAUAAGGGUCCUUGCUCCGAUGGCAAAACAUACUAUGCUAUGGACACCUGGAUUCCCUACGAAGAAAUGGGGAAGUGAUCAUAUUGCCUUGGUUUCUGAAUUGGCUUUCACAAAAGAUGCGAUCACCGAGAAUGAGGAAGUUCGGUAGUUGACUAGUCUCGCUCUCGCAUCAAGUUGAAGAAGUUCAGUAUUUGAAUUGUCAGCUCCCAGCAGUGUUAAGUUAGUGUCGAUCUUGUACCAUUCUUUUUGUAAAUGUUUUUGUUGUAUAUAUCUUGUACAUUUUCUGAUUCUUCGAAGACAUUUUCUAUCCCAAAAAAGGGGUCUAUAUACGAUUUUGAGUGGUAGAAGUGCUAUAAUCGAUUCUGCUGGUGUUCUAACAAGCAGUGGUGUUUGUCUUGAAUGUAUUCUUCUGUCUUCACCGAUAAUUAGAAGAAAAAUGAUAUGUAUCUCUAGGUUUUAUUAACUGUUUACAUGUACAUGGACAGUUUGUG